GGAUCUGGGCUCCGAGGCUCUCCUCACAUCUCGCUCGGUCUGGGCGGGCGGCGCGCGCAGCUCCCGAGGCGCCGAGUUGCGGAGCCGCGCGGCGGUUCCGGGGAUGGGGAGGCGGCGGCGGACGGCGGAGAGGAUGCUCCUGGGCUGAGGCGGAGCCGACGAGGGAGAAGGCGGGCGAGGCGGCUGUGGGAAGGAUGGCUCACUCCGGAGCUGCCGCGGCUGUCCCCGGGGAAAGCGGCGAGCGCCGAGGCUCGGGCUCCUCGGCCUCGGGCCCGGCGGCGGGUCUGGAUGGCGGAGGGCCGCGGGACUCGCUGAGUCUGGAGGAGAUUCUGCGCCUCUACAACCAGCCCAUCAACGAGGAGCAGGCGUGGGCCGUGUGCUAUCAGUGCUGCGGCUCCCUGCGGGCCGCCGCCGGAGACCCGCGCGGGCGCCCCAGCCGCGCGCCCCGCCACCGAGUGGAGGCGCCCGCGCAGAUCCGCGUCUGGAGGGAUGGCACCGUUACCCUGGCCCCCGGGCUGGGCGACGCCGGGGAGCCGCCCCCGAGCGCAGGUACAUUGGGAUAUUCACAUUGUACAGAAACAGAGGUUAUUGAAUCCCUGGGAAUUAUUAUUUAUAAAGCACUGGACUAUGGUUUGAAGGAGAAUGAAGAAAGGGAACUAAGUCCUCCCUUAGAGCAGCUCAUUGACCAUAUGGCCAAUACUGUGGAAGCUGAUGGUAGUAAUGAUGAAGGUUAUGAAGCUGCAGAUGAAGUCAUGGAUGAAGAUGACGAUAAGAGAAAAAUCUCAAUUAUUCGAUCAUAUAAAGAUGUCAUGAAGUUGUGUGCUGCCCAUCUUCCAACUCAAUCAGAGGCACCAAACCACUACCAGGCAGUAUGUAGAGCAUUAUUUGCUGAAACAAUGGAGUUGCACACAUUUCUUAGCAAAAUUAAGAGUGCAAAGGAGAAUCUUAAGAAGAUUCAGGAAAUGGAAAAGAGUGAUGAAUCCAGUACAGAGCUAGAUGAGCUGAAAAAUGCUGACUGGGCUCGAUUCUGGGUACAGGUGAUGAGGGAUUUGCGGAAUGGUGUAAAACUGAAGAAGGUUCAAGAGCGACAAUAUAAUCCUUUGCCAAUUGAGUAUCAACUCACACCUUAUGAGAUGUUAAUGGAUGAUAUUCGCUGUAAACGAUACACUUUGAGGAAGGUAAUGGUGAAUGGUGAUAUUCCUCCUCGGUUAAGAAAAAGUGCUCAUGAAAUUAUCCUGGACUUCAUUAGAUCACGACCCCCCUUGAAUCCAGCUUCAGCCAGAAAACUGAAACCAACUCCACCACGGCCACGGAGUCUUCAUGAAAGAAUAUUGGAGGAAAUCAAAGCAGAAAGAAAGUUACGCCCAGUUUCACCAGAGGAGAUUAGGUAUAGUAGACUAGCAAUGCGGCCACUUAGCAUGUCUCACAGUUUUGACUUGUCAGAUGUAACUACUCCUGAAUCUCCAAAGAAAGGGACAGAAGCUUCUGUGUUGAAUGGUGGUUUAAUACCACAAACAAAAACCAAUGGUGUAAGUGGUCCACAAACAACAGUACAACGGAAGAAACUCCUCAAAGCUCCAACUUUAGCUGAACUGGACAGCUCUGAAUCAGAGGAGGAGACGGUGCAUAAGUCAGCAAGCAGCAGCAGCAUAUCUCCCUCUUUUCUGGAAGACCCUAUACUAGAGGUUAUGCCAAGCAAAAAGAUGCCUCCAAAAUUCUUGCCCAUAUCAUCAACACCCCAGCCAGAGAGACGGCAGCCACCCCAAAGACGACAUUCCAUUGAAAAGGAAACUCCCACCAACGUUAGACAGUUCCUGCCACCAUCCAGACAGAGCUCCAGAUCACUUGUUCCUAGGAUAACCAGUUUGUGGCCAAGGACAGCUUUCCGACCACUUUUUUCUACCAUACAAACAGCUUCUCUGCUCAGCUCUCAUCCCUUUGAAGCAGCCAUGUUUGGGGUAGCAGGGGCUAUGUAUUAUCUCUGUGAGAGAGCUUUUACCAGCAGGUGGAAAUCCGCAAAGGAAGAAUUCUGUUAUCCAGUGGAAUGCUUGGCUCUCACUGUGGAGGAAGUGAUGCACAUUCGCCAGGUGCUGGUAAAGGCAGAGUUGGAAAAGUACCAACAGUACAAAGAUGUCUACACUGCACUGAAAAAAGGAAAGCUCUGCUUCUGUUGCCGAACUAGGAGGUUUUCCUUCUUCACUUGGUCUUAUACCUGUCAGUUCUGUAAGAGGCCAGUAUGUUCACAGUGUUGCAAAAAGAUGCGAUUACCAUCCAAGCCAUAUUCCACUCUUCCUAUCUUUUCUCUGGGACCAUCUGCCUUGCAAAGAGGAGAAAGUUUUAUGAGACCUGAAAAACCUUCUGCUAGCCACCAUCGGCCACUUCGGAGUAUUGCCAGGUUCUCUUCAAAAUCUAAAUCUGUAGAUAAAUCAGAUGAAGAAUUACAAUUUCCCAAAGAAUUGAUGGAGGACUGGAGUACUAUGGAGGUGUGUGUAGACUGCAAAAAGUUUAUUUCAGAAAUCAUCAGCUCCAGCCGGAGAAGCCUGGUGCUGGCUAACAAACGAGCUCGUUUGAAAAGGAAAACACAGUCAUUCUACAUGUCCUCAGCAGGUCCCUCAGAGUACUGCCCUUCGGAGAGAACUAUCAAUGAAAUCUGAGCCUCGUGCCUUUCCAGUUGCUCUUGUUCACAAAGUCAGCAUUGGUGGAGAACACUAAGAACUGCAUUGUCUUUCCUUUCCUUUCUGUGGUUUUAUUUCAUAGACCUGUAAUUUGCAUUAGAUCAGAUAUAUGUUGCACCAUGUUGUUCUACUGACUGAAUGCUGUGUUCAUAUCUGUUACUGAUAUGCAACAGGUCAGCCAAUCAAAUAAUUUGCACUGAAAGAAAACAGUAGUUCAAAACUUGCUUUCUUUUUAAUUUGUACAUUUGAAGGACAAAACGAUUUUCCCUGAGUUCAGUUCUUUUCUAACCAAGGCUGAAAGGUUCUUUUAAGGA